AUGGUGCUAGUGCGCCAUGCCAGAAGGAAAGAGAUAUGUGCUCGAGGACAAAAAGUCCUUAGCAGACUGAUGAAUGAUGUAGACGGCAUUGUCUCUGAUUGUCAGGAAGGAGCCGCAAAUGUUCGAGAUCUUCGAAAUAUUAUCAUUCGAUCUCUGAAAAUUCGCCGCACAUUUCGGGAUUCCGCCGCCCCAACUUUUGGAUCCGUUGCAUCAUUCGACCGUAUAGAUCUUCCAAGCCAGCAGGCAUUUCCUUUACGACAUCCAGCCCGGAAGCUGUUGGCUGGGGUGUUGGCUCUGGUGUUGGCGGAGGAGCUGGUCGAGAUGCUGCUUGAGCUGCUAGCCCAGGUGCUGGCUGAGAAGGCUUUGGGGGACGAUGUCAACGACAUAGUACCUCUUCCGAUGGAUGAUUGCCCACGCAAGCGCAAGGCGACUGACAUCGGCCGUGCUGAGAACGCAAUACUCGGCGGCUCUCAGCACAAAGUCCACCGUAUGCGCGGAGCCCCCGUCUACCUUGGUGUUACGAUUAACGGUAUGCAGGAGAACCUAGCCUCGAGCCUCAUCGACAGCCAGAACGGAGCAUCCCAUGGAGACAGGCUGUCGACCUUGUUGAGUGUUACCAACCCCCUUCAUCAUAGGCGCCCUACCCUCUCGCCUAGCAGGACCAAGGAGAACAGUCCCACGUAA